UAUUAAUGCAACGUUACUAUUAUAAUAGUACUUCAGGUACUUCGAAGUACUUGACGCCUCCGGAUUUGUUUUCCGGAUAUCGUGUACAAUUCGACACUCGCAUAUCCGUUACUGAAUUCUUGAAGUCGCAGGCCAAAGAUGGCGGCCAAGGAUGACGUCAAGUUCCUUGCGAUCAUGCGCGUGGCAGACAAGUUGACGGUGAGCACAUACACGCACGCGAAAGUGAAAGCCGACGAGCGGUCCAAGUACACGGACAUCUCGAAGAAAGUCGUGUCGUCGCCUUCGUGGGUCACGGAUGUUGGACGAAACAGUCGGCACGCGCUUGACUUUGAGGCGCUAAAGCUCCACUUUAUGUUGGACGCCGGGGAGUUUGUGUACUUUGCCGUGACUGUUCGUGACUAUCCCCUCCGUGUGGCCCACGUUAUGCUGAACGACUUACAAGCGCAGUUCACUGCAACGUAUGUGGUGGCUGCAUUGGCGUUGAAGGCCGAGCACACCCUCGGCAGCGACUGCGUCAAGAUGCUGGGUAGCGUCGCAUCCAAGUACGAAGACGUGACCCAAGUGGACAAGUUGGCCAAGGUGAAAGCCCAGGUGGAAGGGGUCAAAGACACGAUGAAGGACUCGAUCAACAUCGCGCUCAACAACACGGAGAAGAUGGACACGUUGUCUCAGAAGGCGGCAGACCUGGCCGACUCGGCGUCCGUGUUCAAGAAGGGCGCGAUCGACAUGCGCCGGCAGAUGUGGUGGAAAAACGCCAAGGUGUCGUUGGCCAUUGCGCUGAGCAUGAUCAUGGCCAUUCUGGUGCUGCUGUACGCGCUCGGCAUCUUCGACCACAUUGGCCAAUCAGCAAAGAACACGUCCACUCGCUUGCGACAUUAACUUACACCGAUGACUAUACUUUGUUGCGUUGGCCUUCGCCUCAACCACACACACAAGUUGUUAAGCACAUAUAUAUUCCAGGGAAUCGAGAGAUUUCCUUCCUAUGGCAUCUCCAGCUUACACUCCGUGACACGUCCAACUUUCUGC